UUAUCGGUCUUCAGCAUUGAGGCAACGGUGUAGAGAUUUAGGGGAGCAUACCAUCUCGCGAGUAAUUGCGCCUUUGUGUAAAAGAACCAACUGAUGGGCGCAGAGAACCGGAACUCUGGCCGCGGAAGAGCCUGCCAACGGCUCGUUGGGCCAUGUUGGAUAGCGCGGGGCUGUAACUUUUUCUUCUGCGCCCCGUAAGUAGAGCACUCAGCGCUUGCCUCGAAUUGACGCCGCACAGGCAAAGACAGAAGACCGUGGGUGUGAAUUUGUCAAAUCGUUUUUGGAAACUCAAGGCUUGGCGGCAAUAAUUCUGCCGGAGCGGAUAAUACUCCGCCUCAAGAUAUUUCCCUUCGGCCCUCACUCAAUUCGCAGUCCAUCGCCAGACAGAACAAGCCAUGGCGAGCAUAUCACCCAUCAUGCGGCAGCUGGGCUGCUUACGGCCGCUGCUGAAAACCCCCGAAUCGAUACUGUGCCGUCGAACUAUCUCCACAGCCUACACCCCGAAGUCAGACGCAGCACCUCUUCCGAACAAACUGCCCAAGUCGUUCAUGUCGCAAUUACCGACUCGACUGCGUCCUGACCAAGCCCCCAAGAAACUCAAAAUCUACCCCCCACCCGCCAGCACCCGCAACAUCUGCAAAGAACCCAUCAACGCUGUAACCCAAUCCCAACUCUCAACCCUCGACCCAACAGGCGAACGCAAAGCCCUCUUCGACUACCGCCGGAACCCUCGCAGCGUGAAACCGGGCGACAUCCUGCGCGUGACGUUCAAGAACGGAGACCCGUUUUCGGGCGUGUGUUUGAGUAUCCGGCUGCGCGGGGUGGAUACUGCGUUUUUGUUGCGGAAUGAGUUGACGAGGGUGGGUGUUGAGAUGUGGGUGAAGGUGUUUAGUCCUGAUGUGCAGAGUGUGGAGAUUGUGCAGAGGUCGGAGAAGAGGAAGAGAAGAGCGAGGUUGUAUUAUAUGAGACAACCCAGACACGAUAUGAGAAGCGUGGAGAACAUCGUGUCCAACUAUCUCAAGAAGAAGUCGGCUCUUACGGGUCAGAGACGGCAGAGACGGUGAUUGUGGUUGGUGUGCGAUUUGGGUUCUGUGGUUGUAUAAUACUGCGUGUGUCUUCUCUCAUGUUCUAUGAAUAUACUAGAAUGACUUCUGUUCAUGAAUCUCCGAAAAAUCUAAAAC